AAGAGCACUCUGAACUUCACCAAAGAUGGAAUUGGACCAAACUUGGCACACAGAGCCCCCAUGACCAGCAAUAAAUACUGGAAGUCUUUGGAGGAAAUUCACCUUGAUUUGUGGGAGUUGUAGUUCACCUACAUCUAGAGAACACUUUGAACCCAAACACCGAUGCAUCUCGACCAAACUUGGCACACAGACCUGAUAUGCCAACAUGUGAUUACUGGGCUCACAAAGAUGAGGGAUGAAAAGAAUCUCGUUGCAACAAGUCGGCACAAGAAAUUGACGGAUUGAACACCAGCCAUGUCUUUGACUGCACUGGGUGGGGUGAUGGGAGUUGUAGUCCAACCGGUUUCUUUGGUAAUAAUAAUCCCUUCAAGGGAAGGAGUGGCCAACCGGUUUAGGCGUGCGGAAGAAGCACAAAAACAAUAGAGACAUGGCAAAGAUGCAGGUGAACUACAACUCCCAAAUAUCUAGGUCAAUUUUCCACGGACUCCUGCAAUAUGUUCAAUUGGUCAUGGGGGUUUUCUGUGCCAAGUUUGGUUCUGUGCCAAGUUUGUUGGUGGGGGUCACAAAAUCUCUGCAUGCAGGUGAAAUACAACUCCCAAAAAAUCAAGAUCAAUUCCCCUCAAAUCCCUGCACUAUGUUCAGUUGGUUAUGGGCCUUCUCUGUGCCUAGUUUGGUCCCGGUCCAUUGUCGGUGAGGAUCACAAAAUCUCUGGAUGCAGGUGAACUACAACUCCCAAAAAAAAUCAAGAUCAAUUUCCCCCAAAUCUCUCCAAUAUGUUCAAUUGGUCAUGGGGUUUCUCUGUGCCUAGUUUGGCCCCAGUCCAUUGUUGGUGAGGAUCACAAAAUCUCUGGAUGAAGGUGAACUACAACUCCCAAAAAAAUCAAGUUCAAUUCCCCUCAAAUCCCUACAGUACGUUCAGUUGGUUAUGAGCCUUCUCUGUGCCUAGUUUGGUCCCGGUCCAUUGUUGGUGAGGAUCACAAUAUCUCUGGAUGCAGGUGAACUACAACUCCCAAAAAACAAGGUCAAAAUCAAACCCUUGCAAAAUUCCUAGAUCCUUUUCCUAUGGAUUAUGACUUCCGAUUCCUAGAUCAGUUUCCUACGGAUCAUGACUUCCCAUGAUACUAUCCUCGUAUGGAUGCAACCUAGAAUCGCAUUGGCCUUUGCCGCUGCAGCAUCACACUGUCGGCUUCCAAAGACUCCGAGAACACAGCCAAAUUCAUCUCUGCGCAAUGCAAUGUGUAAUGUGUAGCACCACACAUUUCUUCCUGUUGGAAGUCAUUGUGUUUGUUUAGGCCUCAGCUGUGCAAGUAUUUUAGACUCUGAUCCUGAACUUUGAACCAGGAAACGGGCUCAAAACUUUCAGGAAGCGGCUCAAAUCAGAGCCCAGACGCUUCCUGUUUCCUUGCUGCACAUGCUCCACCUCAAAGGCCAACAUCGCCAGGGACUCCCCGCUGCUUCGGGCAAGUAGCCGGCCCUUUUUAGCAACCGAAGCCUGGCUGGAUUGGUGGCAAAGAGCCAGGUGAUAUUGAAAGAUGGCGGAGAGCCCUGGGCUGCAUCCAAGUCUGGAGGGCAUCUUCCACAUUUUGGCCCAAGUCCCCGAGGAGAAGUUGAUCGACUAUAAACAUAAACUGAGCUGCGAGCGGCAAAACCGGCGGAGCUCUCAGCUCCUACAAACCAUGAUCCUGUUGACUUUAAAACGAGAAACAGAGGCCCGGAGGAGCCUGGAUGCUUUGAGGGGUGACCCAGUGGCGGCUCGCAUUUCCCGCUAUUGCACUGCUACAGCAAACACGGCCAAUGUUGUUCCUCCUCUGCAAAAGGAGGAGGGGGCAGCCGAAAUGUGGCUGGCCGUGGCUCGGAUCUACUCGCUGCUGGUGGACGCAAAGUGGUGUUGUCAUGUACUCAGAGAUGAGGCCUACCGGGUAGCCGUCGCCGCGUUCCGAUCUGGCGGCGGCAGCAAGGACCGGCUUCGGGGUCUCGCAGAUGAAGCCUUGGAGAAGUGUGGGAUGGGCUUCAUGUUUGGCUCGGGGGAAACGGGGAAGGCCCUGAGGGUGAGUGAUCCGGUGCCAGUCACGAGGGUGAGCAAUACGGUGCCGGUCCCAAGAGCGAGCGAUCCAGUGCCGGUCACGAGGGCGAAUGAUCUGGUGCCGGUCCCAAGGGCGAGCGAUCCGGUGCUAGUCAUGAGGGCGAACGAUCUGGUGCCAGUCCCGAGGGUGAGCGAUACGGUGCCGGUCCCGAGGGCGAACGAUCAGGUGCCAGUCACGAGGGUGAACAAUCUGGUGCCGGUCCCAAGGGCGAGCGAUCCGGUGCCAGUCAUGAGGGCGAACGAUCUGGUGCCAGUCCCGAGGGUGAGCGAUACGGUGCCGGUCCCGAGGGCGAAUGAUCAGGUGCCAGUUACGAGGGUAAACAAUCUGGUGCCGGUCCCAAGGGCGAGCGAUCCGGUGCCGUUCCUGAGGGUAAACGAUCCUGUGCUGUUCCCGAAGGCGAGUGAUCCGGUCCCGGUCCUGAACUCCUUGGAUCCUCAGCCGCUCCGAUCCACCGGAAGCCCGACCUCCAUCGUGAGCCACUUGGAGAUCAGUCAUUCCCUCACGGUGCCCUUUCAGACGCAUUCGGUGCAUUACGGCACCGGGAUCAGCAAGCUUUGCGGCGAAAUAAGGGACACCGAAGAGAGAAACAGAGAUGAAUCUCUAACGGGGAGAACGGAAAGCGGUGACCUCAAGGGCAGCCGUUGCUCUUCCUCCGAUCCAUCUGUCUCACCGGAAAGGAGUGUGCAGUGCCCUGAACCUGUUACUGGAAAGCACGUCUCUCCAAGGAGUUUGCCGCACGAUCCGCGGAUAUCGUCUGCAGAUUCGACACAGUAUCCGCGCAACUCUGUGGCGGAUCCGUAUUCCCAAAAGCCACCCUCAAAUUCUGUUUCAGGCCCUCCACCGGCUGUGUCUUCGUCGUCGGAGCCGCAGGAGUUCUUCACCUUUGUCGUGGUUCACGCCGACGAAGACGAGGCCAUCGCCUGCCGCGUCAAGGCCCGGCUGGAGAGCAUGGGCAUCCCUGAUGGUGCGACCUACAGCGAGGAUUUCCUCGUCCCCGGCCGCUGCCAGCUGGGCUGCUUCGAGAAUGCCUUGGAAGACUCGGCCUUCACUCUCUUCCUCCUGACGGAGAACUUCAAGAGCCGGCUCUGCGCCUACCAAACCAACACGGCACUCAUGGACUCCUUGACCCACUUCUGCAAGGCCAACACAGUGAUCCCCUUCCUCCCCAAGGAGAGGCCGCUCAAGACGAGGGAGAUGCCGCUCUUAUUGAAGGGAUUGGUGCCCUUGGACGAGAACUCUCCCGUUUUCGCCAAGCGGGUCAAGAAGACCUUCAGGGAGGAGGACAUCCGAAGGAAGAAAGCGGACUGGAGCGUCCGAAGGCAGAACCGGGAGAGGGAACGGUUGCAAGAGCAGAACCGGGAAUACCAGCAGCAACUGCAGCGUCUUUCGGAGCUCAGCAUGAACAUGACGUCCCUGCAAGGCUUUCCAGGAAUGCCUCAACCUCCGCCAGGCCCUGACCUGACUUCUCUCUGCCCGUCCUUUAUGUUCCCCCAGGGCUUUGGAGGCGCUCGGCCGCCGCUGAUCAUCCAAAACGCCCAAAUGGUCCAAAUCGGAGACUGUAACAACAUGCAGGUGGAGAGGACCAACGCGACGCUGGGCACGGCCGAGGAAAACGGCAUUGUGAAUCCGUGACCGAAAAUAAAGCCCAUUUCUCACA